UUGACGUCACGCCGUCCAACCAAUGGCCGUCCUUCUGCGCCCCGAAAUGUGGUGGGGUGCACAUGUCCAACCCAAACUCAGCUGUUUUGUCUGCACGUUUGGCUGGUGCUGUUAUUAGAAGUGGAGGUGCGCAUUGUGUCAGCUGUUGUGUUUUGAUUACUACGCAUCGUCCGAAGAGAGCAAUGUCGGAAAUCGAGGCGACGACGUCCAACGCGGAGUCCACGAGUCAAGACUGCGAAAAAGAGUUUCUGGAGCCCGAAGCGAAGCGUCGCAAGACGACAGCCCCCACCGAUGCCAAGAAGUACAAGCUGGAGGAGCGACUGGGCGGAAUUCUGUGCUGCACAGUCUGCCUGGACCUUCCUAAAGCCGCAGUUUACCAGUGCAGCAAUGGUCACUUGAUGUGUGCUGGAUGUUUCACACACCUCCUUGCUGAUGCUAGUUUCCGGGACGAAACGUCGACUUGUCCCACGUGCCGCAUUGAAAUCUGCAAGAGCACGGCGAUAAGAAAUUUAGCGGUGGAAAACGCCGUCUCCGAACUUCCUACAGAGUGUCAGUUUUGCAACGAGCAGUUUCCUAGAAAUUCGCUAGAUCGUCACGAAGAAGAGGAAUGCGAGGAGAGGUUCAUUACGAGAACGUGUGACGGGACCGAUUACAAAUGCCCUUUUUCUGGUAGAGUUUCAGGAUGCAAGUUCCACAGGAUAGGGUGCCCGUGGAGGGGACCCUUCCACGAGAAGACCAACCACGAACAGGAAUGCGGACAUCCCAACAAGAGCGGAACCGACGUUAUGAAGGCGUUGCAAGAACUCGACCAGAAGAUGGUGGAGGAGAGGAAGCUCUACAAGGCGAUUUUCGAAUUGUUGGGGUACGCCAAGAUCACGUUUAAUGAUAUUCAGCUGAAGCCGUACCGAAACGACGACUGCGUCAAUCGAUUGACGUAUGAAUCAUCCAGGUUUUCUGUUCUUGGCCACCAAUGGCUCGUCCGAGCUAAAGUGACCGAUAAUCAGAACGAAGCUACUAAGACAGUGGAGAGGAACAUCACUUAUCAGUUGGUACUGAAGUCGAUAAUUUCGACGACCUUGAGUUUAAGUUACAUAGUUUUGUGUGGUCCUGUGGGCGACAUCAAGGUUCAUCCGCGGGUCUACAGAUUCGACUUCACUGAACACGAAAAUGAAACUCCAUAUGAAUCCUUCCCCUUGCUCGAUUCAGCCGAAUGUAAUCGAUUAUUAGCAGCGAAAAUGAUUAAUUUCAGGUUGGUCAUGUUUUUGACGUCUAAGUAAGCUCUUUCCGCUUUAUAUUUUAUGCAGCACUGGAAAUUUUAUUUUUUUUCGGUACAAUCUUCGGAAUUCAUUUUUUCCAUACAUAUUUGUAUGUUUUUUUGAGAUUAUUUUAACGAACGAGAUCUCUGUAGACUUAGGAUUUUUUAUAAGUAGAUUUUAUUUAUAUGAAUUUUUGUGUGUUUUCAGUGAUAUAGAUAUUUUUAUUUUAUGUAAUUUUUAUGUUACCAAUAUUUGUGUUUUGUCAUUUUUGUAGUUUUGUUUAAGAGGAAGAUUAGUAUUGUGUUUUCUCGAAAAUUGUGAGAUUUGAUUAUGAGCUUUAUUAUCAUUGUCAUCAAUAUUUUAAAGGUAGUGUAGGAGAAAUUAAUUUAUAUAUCCAUAAUUG